AACAUUUCCCAACUUAAAAUUGUUACUGUGCAUUCAAAUACUAACCGUACCCAACUGCGCUCCUAUACAAACAAUUUAUCGAUUAAUCGGAAGUCCGAUAGAAUUUUGCUCGGUCUGGAAACAGUGUAAAUACGUGGCUGUCGAUUCUGUUAUUAUCUAGGCAAAAAUUCCAACAAAAGCUAAGCACAAAAUUAAAAUAAUUUAGAAUUAUUCACAAUAAAUAUGCGAUAAUACAAAUUUGUGCGCCCAAGACAAUAACUCCUCAGUAUCCACAAUGGGACUUUGCAAAUGUCCAAAACGAUUGGUGACAAACCAAUUCUGCUUCGAGCAUAGAGUAAAUGUUUGUGAGCACUGCAUGGUCCAGAGCCAUCCCAAGUGCAUAGUGCAAUCGUAUCUUCAAUGGCUACGUGAUAGCGACUAUAUAUCCAAUUGUACGCUGUGCGGCACCGGCCUGGAGCAGGGCGAAUGUGUACGUCUGGUGUGUUACCAUGUUUAUCACUGGGAUUGCUUGAAUGCACGUCAAGCCGGUUUGCCUCCCAAUACAGCGCCUAGUGGCCAUCAAUGCCCAAGUUGUAGCGUCGAAAUAUUUCCAACAUCUAAUCUGGUCUCACCCGUGGCGGAUGCACUCAAACACUAUCUGGCAAAAGUGAACUGGGGACGAAAUGGACUGGGUCUUGCCUUGCUUUCAGAUGAUCAAAACAAUAGCUUCAAGUCAAAGGCUAUUGCUAGCCAAUCGGCCGUUACGAACAUAACCAAAGUGCACCAUCAUUCCGCUGGCGAGCGUGAGCGUAUGAAACCGAAUGGAGGCGUUGAUAGCUCCAGUCCACAUUCCGUGCUGUUAAUGGAUGCAUUUAAUCCGCCUAGCUCUGGCGAUUUACAUGGAACUAGCAGCCGGCGUCCUUUAUUGCCGCGCCAGUCGCCCAUAGGUGGCACGGAUCGUGAUGAAAAUAAAUACCAGCGCCGCACACCGGCUGAGCUAUUCUCGCGAUGGACGCGUCGCUUUUAUGCACCAUCAUCGCGUCCGCCUUGGCGUCGCACCUGGUUCUUGGCAAUCAGUGGCAUUUUGGCCUUCGUUGUGUUCAUUUAUUUAAUGGCACUGCUAGGUCGAGGUGGUGGCAACGACAGUUUGGACGACAGCUGGAAUAAUCCAAACCCCAACCAGAACCACUACGAAUAAGUGUAUGUGCAUUGUCAACAUAUA